GCCGAGAGUUACCGAGUGCUGUGUUUUACGGCAGCCGAAGUCAGGUUAACGGCACCCGACAGGCACUCGGCAUGGCUUUAAUAUGCAUCCAGCAAACCAGAUGCAGGCGCACCUGUGAAGCCAGCUGUUGUGGCGCAGUUUUAGGAGCGAAUCAAGACGGAUCCUGAAGGGCAGAAAACAGGAAAUUUAUCACAGAAGCGAUUAGCUGACUCCUUGAACAACUAACCACGAUGUCUGACUUCAAAACUAUCGUUUUCUUUGACCUGGAGACAACUGGAUUAGACACUGAUGAGUGUGACAUCAUCCAGCUGUCAGCAGUCUGUGGAGAGAAGGUCUUCAAUGUCUACACCCUCCCCAACAGCGAGAUCAGUGAGGGAUCUCAAAAGGUCACAGGCCUCACCGUCGAGGAUGGCACCAUGUUUCUUAAAGGGGAACCUGUGGAGACCAUCCCUCUGCUCAAAGUUCUCACCUCCUUCAUGGACUUCCUUCGCCCUUUCCCCAGCCCAGUGAUUCUGGCAGCGCACAAUGGUAGGGAUUUAGAUGUACCUAUUCUGACGCGAGUGGUGAAACAGCUCUCUCUACAGCAAGACAUCCUGCAGGUGGUUUCGGGGUUCAUGGACACCCUCCCGUUGAGCAGGGAUCUUCAUCCAAAUCUGCCAAGUUAUUCUCAGGGGAAUCUGGUACAGCACUUCCUGGAUGAGACCUACGACGCCCACAACGCUGUGGAGGAUGCUCAGAUGCUGCAGAAGCUGUUCAACAAGUGGGGACCAGACAAACAGACCGUCCAGAGAUUUAUCGACAACGCGGCGUGUCUAUUUUAACAAAGCUUCACACACCUGAGGUCAAACUAAUCUGACCACAAAAACAAGAUGAUGUUGUAUUUUGCCGUUUUAUCUUCACAGUUCUCUCUCACCUGUUUACACAGAUUAUUUUCUUUAAUGCUGAGUUAAUUAAUGAAGUGUCAGUUGGAUCAAAUUUGAGAGGAGACAUAUAAUGGAUGUAACAACAAACACAUGAAGGCGUAUAAUGUCUAUUUUUUGAAGUGAUUUCGAAUAUACUGUUACAUGUCUUAUCUUCUUUUGUCUGCCAUAUUGUUUUUCCAAACACAACAUUAAAAAUCUGUUCAAUA